AUGAGUGCAACCGCUCCCCCGCAUCCUGCACAAGUCCCAGUUGACGACCACCUGUACGAUCCUGAUGAGGUAUUACCCAGGAACAGCCCGCUUCUGGAGCCGCUCCGUCCCACGCUGCAACCGGAACUGGAUCCGGCCUCGUCAUCUUCUGCUUCCCCAGUCAGCCAUCCUUCAAGUCCCGGGAACAAGAGGCGCAAGAAUCGCGUCACGAAGAAUCCGUUUUGCGUUGCCCUCCUGAUCGAACAGCUCGAUGGAAAGAGGCGCGAACCCGCGGCCUACGUCCAGAGCGCAUUAUUGGAUUCAGACACCGAGGAAGACACAGACGACCCCGAGCUGGCGGGCGAGGGCUUGGUCUCCCCGGGCGGUGACACCGCUCCCACCGGGCUGCGGGGCGGCGGCGGGGAAGAUCGUGGAAGGCCAGGUUACACGCACGGAGAAGCUUCCGGUGACCCAAAAAUGUCGUCGGACCCUCCUAAGGAAGGGGACAAGGGCGCCAUCGACCUGAAGUUUUUGGCCGCUGGCGCCCUGGCCGUGGUCACAGACCCUCAGCAGGCCCCCGAAGCAGGGCCAACGCCGCCCGUAACCGAUAAUGAUGUUGUUGGCGCGGUGACGCAAAUAGCACCGGCCCCUGUCGCGAUACAUACGAGGCGGACGGAGCCUUCGAAGGACGAGCGGAGUGCCGCAGCCGCAAUGCCGUCUCCCUACAGCCCGCAUAAUCUUUAUUCACCACGGGAUACGGGGGCCACGCCCUUGUCCCUGAAGAUGGACAUGAAGUCGCCAACCGCCAGCAUACACUCGAACGGCCACGGUGAGGGCUUGCCACCUAUUCAGCUUAACUCACCGAACCAGGAGACCAACGGCCAGACACUACCAUCCAUUCGAUCACAGCUCGGAGAUAUAGAUCAGUUUGCCACCAAUCUUGUGACAGGAAACAGCCGGAGGCCUUCUCACCACGAUUUCCACGGCUCCCCUCCCGCUCCCAUGCCCCGUCUGCCGUCCUUACAGGGCCACCUCGCAUCUCCGAUACCGUCAGCCGAAUCAUAUCGCGAUCCGCUUUCUCCAAGCAAGUCGGCCUCCGGUCCUCUCCAGAGCCCCGGGUUCUACUAUUCCCCGCUGAACGGCCUGCAUCGCCGCCCGGAAUUUGCAGGCAGCGCCGCAGAGCACCCUGGAUCUGAUCCACCUGGUUCUUCGACAACAGCAUCGAGACGUGACCGGCUGAGCAUAGACGGCAUCCAAACGGUCGGGGCCUAUGUAUGCAAGGUUCCUGGCUGCACGGCGGCGCCCUUCCAAACACAAUACCUACUCAACUCACACGCAAACGUGCACUCUUCCGCCAGACCGCACUAUUGCCCCGUGCCGGGUUGUCCUCGGGGUCAGGGUGGCAAAGGUUUCAAGCGCAAGAACGAGAUGAUACGGCAUGGUCUUGUCCAUGAGUCUCCAGGCUACGUCUGCCCCUUUUGCCCGGAAAGAGAGCACAAGUAUCCUCGGCCGGACAAUCUUCAGAGGCAUGUCCGAGUACACCAUACCGACAAGGACAAGGACGACCCUCUAUUACGGAAUGUUCUCGCACAAAGACCCGAUGGGCCUAACCGUCGCAGGCGACGAGGCGGUCCAAGCUGA